AGUAGGCAGGCAGUGAAGCAGGCAGGCUGCCGACUAAAGCCAGUGAGUCCAGGCUUGGGGGUCAGGAACCGGUCUGACCACAGAAUGGAGAGCUUGUGUGUGCAUUAGCUUUCAGGAAUAUAUGCUGUGGAGGAUGUACAAGGGAAACACACGGAGGCUUCCACGGAUACAGCCAGGGAAUGUCAAGACAUGUUUCAGGCCAUAGUGAGUGCAGCUAAAGAUGUCCAAUAGUGUCGAUAUUGAAGAGAAGCCACCUGCCCCCCCCUUGAGAAUGAACAGUAGUUCCCGCGACCCUUCAUCAGUGCACAGUUCCAAACCGCUUCCAAUGGCUCCAGAAGAGAAGAAUAAGAAAGCCCGUCUCAGGUCCAUUUUUCCCGGAGGAGACAAGACCAAUAAGAAGAAGGAGAAAGAGCGUCCUGAGAUUUCCCUGCCCUCUGAUUUUGAGCACACCAUCCAUGUAGGAUUUGACGCAGUAACGGGAGAGUUCACCGGUAUUCCAGAGCAAUGGGCCCGGCUAUUGCAAACAUCUAAUAUUACUAAGCUGGAACAGAAGAAGAACCCUCAGGCUGUUAUAGAUGUUCUCAAGUUCUACGACUCCAAAGAGACCGUCAAUAACCAGAAAUACAUGAGUUUUACAUCAGGAGAUAAAUCCGCUCAUGGUUACAUUGCGGCAAAUACUCUGAACCGCCUCCUGUCUUCCGGGCCACCUGUCAGCCUUAGAACCUGCAGCGCGUUAUUCGACAAGCAAGGUGCUAAGACAGCGUCUGAACCUCCGCUUGCGCCUCCGGUGUCUGAUGAAGAAGACGAGGAAGAGGAUGACGAAGAUGAAGAAGACGACGAGGACGAUGAGGAUGAGGUGCCGCCCAUCAUCGCUCCACGACCAGAGCACACCAAAUCUAUCUUCACACGCUCUGUCAUUGAGCCGGCUGCACCUCUUGCUCCUGUCAAAGAGGUCACAACCCCUCCGGAGUCCCAGGUCCAACCGGAGAACACGUCCAGUAUGCUGUAUCGUCACACUGACCGGCAGAGGAAGAAAUCCAAGAUGACUGAUGAGGAAAUACUGGAAAAACUCAGAAGUAUUGUUAGUGUUGGCGAUCCCAAGAAGAAAUACACACGUUUUGAGAAAAUAGGGCAAGGGGCAUCUGGGACAGUAUACACCGCUAUUGACAUUGCCACUGGACAAGAGGUGGCAAUCAAACAGAUGAACCUGCAGCAGCAGCCAAAGAAAGAGCUCAUUAUUAAUGAGAUUCUAGUGAUGAGGGAAAACAAAAACCCAAAUAUAGUCAACUACCUGGACAGUUAUCUGGUAGGAGAUGAGUUGUGGGUGGUGAUGGAAUAUUUGGCAGGUGGUUCACUUACUGAUGUGGUAACAGAAACCUGCAUGGAUGAAGGACAGAUCGCUGCUGUAUGCCGAGAGUGUCUACAGGCUCUGGACUUCCUGCAUUUAAAUCAGGUUAUACACAGAGAUAUCAAGAGUGACAAUAUCCUGCUGGGCAUGGACGGAUCGGUGAAACUCACGGAUUUUGGCUUCUGUGCUCAGAUCACACCCGAGCAGAACAAGCGUAGCACCAUGGUGGGCACGCCCUACUGGAUGGCCCCAGAGGUCGUAACCCGGAAGGCCUAUGGCCCCAAAGUUGACAUCUGGUCCUUGGGCAUCAUGGCCAUCGAGAUGGUGGAGGGAGAACCACCAUACCUGAAUGAGAACCCACUCAGGGCCCUGUAUUUAAUCGCAACCAAUGGCACUCCAGAACUACAAAAUCCUGAGCGGCUGUCCUCAGUAUUCCGAGACUUCCUGAACCGUUGUCUGGAGAUGGAUGUGGACCGGAGAGGCUCGGCUAAAGAAUUGCUACAGCACUCAUUCCUGAAGCUUGCCAAGCCUCUUUCCAGCUUGAGUCCACUGAUUGUAGCCGCCAAGGAAGCAAUCAAGAACAGCAGCCGCUAGGAUGUUCCCCGUACCCAACACUCACAAACAUACACAUUCACACAGUUACAUGCAUACACAAUGCUUGUAGCGACAGAGGUACAGUGUGUAGAUGUGUGAUGGCACAAUGACACAAUAUCUGAAUCUGGACAUAAAAACCUUACAUAAGCACAUGCUAACACAUUCACUUCCCCUUAUAUGGCUGACUGACAGCUCUUCAAUGCCUUUUGGAUGGGAUCGGCCCUGUUGCCUGGCCCUCAAACACCUCUUGUUAUGUAUGGAACUGUUGCACCAGUCCAUCAGUGUAUGUCCACCUCCAGACCUCUGGAAAGGAGACCAAUAAACUGAAAGAUGAGAAAUGGCUCCUUUGUUCCAUCUCUGUGGAAUGAAAGAUGAUGUGGAUUACAGUAGACCUCUACACUCAACCUGUAUAUUCUGUUAUUUAAUCUAUUCUGAACUGUGGUCUUGGAUUACUAGCGAUCUGCUUUGGGUUUUACAGGGAUUUCCUGUGAUAAAGGCCUGACGAUGUGUACCUCCAAAUCUCGGGAUCUCAUCAAAAUAUCUGCAUGUCUGUCUACAACAGCUAUUCACUGCAAUCACUUCCUUUCUACACUGUGUGUGCGUGCAAACCAGACUGCAUAUGUGUGUAUGUAUGAGAGAGACAUGGGGAGCGAGAGAAAUAUAAGUACAAGGUGGAAUCCCAAAAAACAGGUGAAAUUUCACAAAGUCAAAAGACAGAAAUAAAAACUGAUAUUUUGCAUAAAAAGCUAUCAUUGUGGCAUUAUUCUUAUGGCACAUUUCACAACCCCAAAUCUCAUUACCAUAAUGCAAUUAGUGUAAUAAAAAUACUGUAAUAUAAUUAUAGAUUUAUUUAAAUGAUCAUAAAGGACGUACUUAAGAAUUGAAAUAAUAUAACUUUUUUUUCACAUUGCUGUAAUGAAAAUUUGAUUUUUUUGCAUUAUGGUAAUGUGAAUGGUCCAGUCGGCAAGGCUAGUAGUGAGUAAUAAGGUUAUGCUAAGAUUAAAAGAAGUCCCUGGAUACAUAAAUAGUCAUACUGUAUGUGGUACCAUUUGAAAGCUAAGACUAUGACACAUUUAAAGACCUCUGUCACUUUUGUGUUACAUAAAAUAACAAUAUAGGACCUAAAAGCCUUCGUGUCGCAAAUGAGCACCAGCCUGGAAAUUAUGUAGCAAUAUGAAUAUAAUAGUUUGUCAAACAGUCCUAAAAUAGAGUUAUAUAUCAAACGAAAGCUCUCAUUCUCAGGAAUGAGCCAUAACACUGCAGUUUAAUAAUUAUCAAAAUAAAUCACAAAGUGAAAUAUCUAUCCAUACAUGCAUACAUUUUAUACAACCGCUUAUGAUCUCUGUAAGACAACAAAGACUAUUGUCUAAUGUUUGCUCCGAUCACUGCUUCUGUAAGCCACUGCUUUCAAGUAGCCACAAACUCUAUAUCAGCUCUUACCUUAUGCUGUUUUCUUCCAAAUUAGCCAUUUUACUCAUCUGUGAGCUUGCUUGGGUGAAUAAUCCAUGUCUCAGAUAACAUAUGCAGUCCAGCAGAAAAAGCAUGAAAAAUCAUAUGCAAAAUAUCUUCUUGACACUGACGAUGUCAGCUUUGAAAUGACGCCUAGAUUAAGUUUAUAGUCCACUCAGAGGCCGAAAUAUUCAACAAAACAGCGUGAAAGGUGUGUGGGAUCAUAAAAUAGACUGAAUGCCUAUGGAUGAACACAUUUUUGAGGGGUCAGUUGUGUUAGAGUGCCACUUGCAUGUCAGAUUUGUAGAUUGUGAUGGAUGGUGAAAAAAGAGGACAUUUCCUUUUCCCAGUACUUGCUGCCAUCUAGGAAUGAACUAACACUUUUGCAGGGACAUAGACCCAACAGAGCCUAAAUCGCAAGACAAGAUAAAGAAAUGUUUGUUUUAAGAUUGUAACCAUAUACAGUUUUAUUUAUGAAUUAUUGGUUUUCUGUAAAAUGAGAUACAAUUUUUGCAAUAAAUCCACUGUAUGUGAGUAAGCUUUUUAAUUUUGAUGUGAAAAACUGCAGGCCGGUGUUAUUUGUCAGGAGAAUAAUGCAAAGCUCAUAACAGUCCUAAAGCUUGAAAAACAUGAAGGUGAAUCCUAGUCUUCAUUUAUUUCAAGUAAAGUAUAAUUACUCAACUGUAUUGAACAUAAAAACAAUCAUUUGAAGGCUAUAUGCAUAUUACAUUUGCUAGAAGGCACCGUUCUCUCUCUCUCUUUCUGUCUCUCUCACUCUCUGCCAUAAUGGAUUCACAGACCGUGUUUUCUUAUGCAAUAUCUCUGCCGUGGGACACAGCAUCUAGGCAUGAAUAUAAGAACACAUAGGUAUAUACUCUGCAUUUUAAGAGCUAAUGCAAAAUUCCCACAACCAAGCCAGUAGAGCGGGCUAAUGUGUUACAUCUUGGGCAUUAUGGAGUAGGAAAUCCCCGCUGGUGUGUCAACGUCUGCUAAUUACACAUUGUCAGAAAACAAUAUGUGAAUCUGUACAAUCAUUGGAAGAGCAGCGUUUGGCUGAAAACAUUUGUGUGCUAAAGAGCUUUCACACAGGAUGCAUCAUUGCCUUCCAUCAAGUUUUUUUCAUUUUUAUUGUUGGUCAGCGUACACGUGUUGAGACCGAUGUACACUUUGAUUAACUGCAUGCCUCUAUGUCUGGCGCAAAGUGCGCCUGACGCAAAUUUCGUCAUCAGUACAGUAUGCACGGACUGUCCUUGUGCAGCCCAGUUUUUGUAGAUUUAUUUGUAGUAUUUGUCUAUAGAUGUAGUUGUCUGUACUAAAGAGUAUCACAAAGCAGUCAUAGUGCAUCCAUUCGGUCUUGUGGACAAAAGGACACACUUUUGAAAGGCUAAAAAGCCUGCCAGAUCACGAGAUGCUACAGUAUGCAGAAAAAAUUAAGUAAACCCUGGCAUUUAGAUGAAGGACUUUGGCUGCUGGCCAUAUCUCGUUUUUUUGUUCUCUGCGUCAUUCUCAGCGUUGCCACAAGGGGUGCUAUAGUGGGCAUUUGUGUACACUGUCUACACUGGUUUACAAUUGCCCAUAUGUGCAACAGCGCUCCCAGCUUCAGCCACUGGGGCAGAGAUUCAAAUUUCAGUAAGAACAGACCGAUUAUAGCAGCAGAACUUUCGACCUACAUUUCCCGAAUUCACAGUGCAACAGUUUAUCUAUUAAGAAAAUGUCUCGAGACCCCAACUUUCUAUUCAAUUGCUUUGCAGUCUAGCUAUUUUGGAAUGCAAGAAUCCAUCCUGUGUGAACGACCCUUAAGAGAACAGUUUGUAAAUCCUACCCCAACACUAACUGUAGAUGAUCUAUCAUUUUUAACACUACGUGGACUUCAACACACAACAAUAGGGGUGCUAUUUCUGAUGCCUUUUUUAACUUUGGUCAAAAGUAAAAAACUGUUUGAUUUUUGCUGAAGUUAUCUUUGUAUUUUCCCUUGGUUUAUGAAUAUAGAUUCAUACUCCUAAGUGUACGCCCUUGUAGAGGAUGUAGUUAUCUGAUAGAUUGUGUUCACUUGAUAUUUUUCUUUACAAAACUGUGUGUUUGUGUGAGAGUUGUGCUACGUAUUUGCGUAGAUAGGAUAACCUCAGCCUGCAUAGUCUGUCUCUCAAAUCACUGUGAAAAUUCAGGACACCACACUAGACUACCGUAGGCAGACGUGUACAAGAGUAGAUAUAGUACAGUAGUUUAGCAGACAACCAUAAACAUCUAAAGGCAUGGAUAGCAACAUCUAAAUAGUGCUACUGCCACCGUGUAUACCGCAGUGGAUGUCAUAACCCCACCUACAGUAAACAUCAAUGCAGGUAAAUGGUAGGAACCAGUUUCAUGCAUGACAUAACGCAACUAAUUUUCCAGCUCUGGUAACUUUUGAUAAGUUAGCAUUACAAACAUUACAACAGUAAUAUUCAGGCUAAUCUUUGAUAUGUAUUUGUAAAUAUUGUGCACCCUGGUCCCAAGAAGUACAACCAAUCAAAAUGAUGGAGAUGGUGGUGCAUAUCUUACAAAGAUCAACAUCUUGUGCCUGUAACAGAGACUGCAGAACGCACCCGUCCCGAACAAUAACCAAGCAACCUUCUACAACAGCCUUCCCCUUAAUUUCAAGGAGGAAAACAAUGCAAAUGUAUUUAUACCCCUUGGACUUUCCUAUUGAAAGACACUUUGUAUUCAAUCAGGGCUUGGACCCAACGUGAACUAUGAGCACAUGACAUGUGAACAUGAUAAACGGAUGGGGAAACCGCAAUGACUCUCUCCAGGAUUCCUCUUGUCUCUUGUAAAUGCCCUUUUCUUCUGAAUGUGUGAACCCUGUUUAUGUGUUGUGACAAAAUCCCUCUAUUGGUGUCUAAUAUGAGAAUGGAACAAAGACUGUACAUGCUUACAAACUCUAAAAUUGUAUUUCUUUUAAAUUAUUCUGAUCAUGACAAAACUGUUGAUGUGGACUCAUGCACAUCUCAGCAAGUCCAUCCCCUUCUCUUGGAAAGAAAUAUGAAAAGGUGAGAGGUGUAUGGGAAAAUAUUUUGCUGGGGUGAGAAUUGUUUUGUUUUGGAUAAGCUAUUUUAAAUUGUGGUUGAAGCAAUAGACUUUUUGAAAUUUUAAUUGUGCAUGGCUGUGUCUUGAGUGUAAAACAAACACACACAAAAAAGCUUCAGUUUGGGAACUGGACUGAAUUAAUGAAAAUUAUAAUAAAAAAAGGAAAAAAUC